CAGCCUUUUGUGGAGAUUUGAAGACAAAACAAGCAAAGUCCCAUAUUCCCAAUUGGGGAAACUCUCUCUCUCUCUCUCUCUCUCUCUCUGUACCUCCUCCAUCCUCGUCUUCCCUGAGCCUUCUUUGUCGUUCUGGUUUCAGCUCUUCCAUCUUCUUUCAUAAUCAUGGAAGGCUCUGAUAAUGAACGUCUUGAUUUUGGGAAGAUGGGCUAUGGAUGCCAGCAUUAUAGGAGGAGGUGCAGGAUUCGAGCUCCCUGUUGCAACGAGAUGUUCCCCUGUCGCCAUUGUCACAAUGAGGCCGCGAGCGUGCUGAGAAACCCCUUUGAUCGGCACGAGCUCGUUCGUCAAGACGUCAAGCAAGUGGUUUGCUCGGUUUGUGACACGGAGCAGCCGGUGGAUCAAGUUUGUACAAACUGUGGAGUCAGAAUGGGGGAGUACUUCUGCAAAAUUUGCAAAUUCUAUGAUGAUGAUACUCAGAAGGGGCAGUUUCAUUGUGAUGAUUGUGGCAUAUGCAGAGUUGGUGGACGUGAGAACUUCUUCCAUUGCAAAAAGUGUGGCUCUUGCUAUUCCAUUGGUCUAAAGAAUAACCAUUCAUGUGUGGAGGACUCCAUGCGUCAUCACUGCCCCAUAUGUUAUGAGUACCUUUUUGAUUCUCUGAAAGAUACGACUGUAAUGAAAUGCGGGCACACGAUGCAUUGUGAAUGUUAUGGCGAGAUGUUAAAGCGCGAUAAAUACUGCUGUCCAAUAUGUUCCAGAUCCGUGAUUGAUAUGUCCAGGACCUGGAAGAGAAUGGAUGAAGAGAUAGAAGCAACUCAGAUGCCUGAAGACUACCGCCACAAGAAGGUGUGGAUCCUCUGCAAUGACUGUAAUGACACUACUGAAGUUUACUUCCACAUUAUCGGGCAGAAAUGUAGUCAUUGCAAAUCCUAUAACACACGAGCAAUUGGCCCUCCGGUUCUUCCUCAAUAUGACUAGAUUUCAAAUCAAGCAAUUGUACCGGCCAGGGAGGUAUGACUGAAGCUUUGAUGCUUUGUGUGAAUUUGCAAGGAUGCUUCGGUUCGUACCGGUGAUCAUUCAACAAUGUCUAUGUUCCAUUAUACUCUUCUUUACUGGAUCUUCUUGAAUCAUACAUUCUUCCUCCAAAUUCUUGGAGUUGAAACCCAGCUAACGAGUCUCUGGGGUUCUGUAAGCAAUUCAAAGAUACCAACAUUGGGAUUGGGGAUUAAAUUACUGCUGUUGUGACAACAACAUUCCCAGACUGAUAAUAUACUCCUCUCGUCGUUGUUUUUCUUCAUUGCCAAUAUACUGUGGCUUGUAGUCUCAUCUGUGCAUGGAACCACUUGUUUGAUGGUGAAAUUUCAUCCAUAAUCAACUCUAUUUAGCAUUUUGUUGCAGUAGUUCCUGUGAAUCUAUCUCUGGCCCACCAUAAAUCAAAGCUUGACUCUUGUUCGA